CGGUUGCAUGAUCGGAAUGUAAAAGAAAAAUUUAAUUCGAAUAUUCGAAUAAGAUUGUAGAAGUUUUGGAAAUUAUUUAAAAAUUUAUUUGUAAAAUUACUAGCUAAAAAUUAGAAAAUUCAAUAAUGUUUUUAUUAUUAGCGACCUGUUUAAUUACAUUCAUAUUAAUAUAUUAUUUUUAUAAAUAUCAAACAUUUUGGCAAUAUAUUGACAGUUUUCCAGGGCCUAAAACUUUACCAAUCAUUGGUAAUGUUCGUGAUUUUGGAUUAAACCCAGUUGAUAAUCAUGUGAAUUUAACUCAAAUGGUAAAGGAUUAUGGCAAUAUAUUUCGGGUGUGGAUUGGCAUAAUUCCCAUUAUUGUACUAACUGGAGCUAAAGAUGUAGAAAAAAUUUUAGCCAGUAAUACAAUCAUUACCAAAUCCAUAAUUUAUGAUUUAUUUUAUGAUUGGUUAGGAGAUGGUUUAUUAACAAGUACUGGAACUAAAUGGUUUAAACAUCGAAAAAUUAUAACACCGUCAUUUCAUUUUAAAAUUUUAAAUGAAUUUUAUGAAACUAUUAGAAAAAAUUCAAGAAAAUUUGUUGAUAAACUAGAAAUAAAGGCUAAGACUGGAGAAAUUUUUGAUAUACAAAAUAUGUUACAUUAUUGUACACUAGAUGUAAUAUGUGAAACAGCAAUGGGUACUGAAAUUAAUGCAAUGGAUAAUCAUGAUUCAGAAAUUGUAAUGGCAUUUCAAGACAUGUGCUAUGUGGUUUUAAGAAGAUCAUUUAAUCCAUUAAAAUUCUAUCCAAUUACAUAUAGAUUUUCGCAGGAAUAUCAAAUGGAAAAAAAAGCAUUAAAAAUUCUGAAAACAUUUACAUUUGACAUAAUAGAAAAACGUAGAGAAUAUCUUCAAAAAGAUUCCCAGAAAAUGAACGGAUCACAUAAUACGGAAGAAACUCACCAAAUCAAUGGUAAUGGAUUGAAAAUGGACACUAAUGGGCAUAUUGAGGAAAAGAAUAAAAUUGAAUGUUAUGGUAGAAUUAAACACGCAUUUCUGGAUACUCUUCUUAUGGCAACAAUCGAUGAUCGUCCAUUAACAAUAAAAGAAAUUUAUGAUGAAGUUGCAACUUUUAUGUUUGAGGGUCAUGAUACAACAACUUCCUCUUUAACAUUUUCAAUGCAUUUACUUUCAAGACAUCAAGAAGUUCAGAGAAAAGCUUACGAUGAACAAGUAUUAUUAUUUGGUAGUAAGGAUUUACAUAAAAUUGAUCCAUCAUAUCAAGAUGUUCAAGAAAUGAAAUAUUUAGAAUUAGUUAUUAAAGAAAGUUUAAGAAUGUAUCCUAGUGUACCAAUAAUAUUAAGAAGGGUAACAGAGCCCUUAUAUUUAGAUGGAAAACUGAUUCCAGUUGGAACAGAAAUUGCCAUACAUAUUUUUGCAAUGGGUUACAGUGAACAAAAUUAUAAAAAUCCAUAUAAAUUUGAUCCAGAACGUUUUUUAGAUCGAAAUGAAACAAAUCCUUUUGAAUAUGUACCAUUUAGUGCUGGUCCAAGGAAUUGUAUAGGACAAAAAUUUGCUAUGCUUGAAAUGAAAUCACUUUUAUCUCAUAUUAUUAGAAAUUUUGAAAUUUUACCAGCAACAGAUGAUUUAUUAGAUAAUAAUGGAUGCGAGUAUUUGGGUUCAAAUAAAUAUGAUCCAAUUUUAUCAUCGUUGGUAACAUUGAAAUCAGAUAAUGGAGUCUAUAUUAGAUUGAGAAAGCGAAGCAUUUUAUAAAAAUUUUAUUUGUACUUAAGCGUAGAAGUUUUUUUCUUAUCAAAUAGCAGUAUGUUAUAUUGUUCACUUAUUAAUAUAUUUAUAGUUCGUUUAAGGCGUUGGAUAUAGUUUUUAAGUUUUAAUUUAGAAAUGAUUUCAUGUGAUAAGUUAAUAAAGAUUAUUAUAUAAUUUAAAAUUCUU